UUCUGUGCAUACGCACCGUUUAUACAUGAGGCCCCAGGCCAGUACUUCUAUUUACCAGUCUUAAUCUGGUUAUUACAUUUGAGUGAUUUAUAGAAUUCUCAGAAUGAUCAAUGAUCUCUUUAAGCAUUGCUGAUAGACAAUGUUAUUGUUCGGUAGGGCAUCACCGUUUUAACUGAAUAAGCCAAAAUUACUGUUUUGCGCUUCCUGUAAUUUUAAAUUUGGCCACAGAGUGUCCUCAUUUUUAAUAACCAUGCAUUGUAAUUAAGUUCAAAAUCCCCUUGUUUAUUCAAGAAGAGUACAGGUGAAUGAAUUGAUGGCUAGGAAGAAAUCAGCCUCACGAAUUUGAAAAAAAUCAAAUCAGUGUGCUGAGCCAAAUGAUUUAACCAAACUUAUUUUGUCAACUUAGUAAGAAGGUUGUUGUGAAAUAUUCUGAAACAAUAACUUGCAUAGUCUUUUGUACAUACUGCAAUCAGCUGGCUGUGCAAGUUUAGGCAAUGCUGAUAUCACAUGUGCUAAAGGCUUGUCUCACCAGCCAUUAAUUACUGGUGCUUUUUGAUUUGGAGAAAGCACUAAAUUAAAGUAGGGCAGCCUAAGACGAUGGCACUGUUAUGCAGCCAUUCCAUGUUAAUUAUGUGAACACAUGUUAAUAAUCUGUAGCCCAUUUGAAUUUAUGACUGUUUCAAUUCAUAGAUCUCUUUCCCUUUAACAGACCUCUACUCUGCAUAGUUGAGAGUCAAGCAACUAGCAAGAGUCUAGAUUUGUGUCAUUCAAAAGACUAAAAUGCCUUUGAUUGGUUAGAGUGGCAGUUGCAUUCAGUUGCUUGCUGUAAUGGGUGAGCUUUGGGCAAUGCAGCUUUUUCCUGGAAAUGGAGCAACAGGAAGACAUAGAGAAGCAAAGAACGUGUGAGUAGAACAAAAAAGAACAGAGUAGUAGAGCUCCAACAUUCUUGGAAAGAAAACAAAAGAAUGGAAUUGAAGAGAAAAAGGAGAGAAAAGUGAUUUUUUAGCCAACCUGCUAAACUUUGGCAGUAAAGCAUUAACAACGGCAUCUAAGUUACUAAAUAAGUAACUCACUGACUGUUCACAUAAAGUACAGUUUAAGCUUGCAUUGCUAAAAUACAGUAUCAAUCCAUAACAGAUUUCUUUUAAUUUGCAGUAAUUACAAUAAUGAAAAGCCUGGUACGUAUAGAAGACACCACAGUGCCCAGUUUGGAACAGACAGUUUACCUGUUUCCAGAAGAACUCUUCACUGGUGAGCUGUGCAGAAUUCUUCACCCUGCGUUUGAGAAACAUUUGGCCUCAGCGCUGUUAAGAAGGUCUUGUGCAGUGCAGAUGAGGCGGUUGACAGAGGAAACCCUGGAUGAUAAGGGAGGUCCAGAGUCUGCUGAAAGCCAGGAAUACUACUUUCAGGUGUGGGGAUGGAGCUUUUUACACUAUAGCCAGAGCGAACCUGAAGAGAGGCGUCCGAGAAGCCAAGGCAGCGUACAGAAGGAGGAUAAAGGACCAUCUGAGGAGCAACAACACCAGGCAGGUGUGGCAGGGUGUCCAGCACAUCACGGGCUACAAAUCCAGCAACUCCUCGGCUGCUGAGGGAGACACUUCUCUGGCAGAGGAGCUGAACAUCUUCUUUGCCCGCUUUGAGGCGACACCAACAGCAGCUCCAUCACAUCCACCUUUUCACAACCGCAACAUACUCAUGGUAGAAGAAUGUGAGGUGAGGCGGUUGAUGAGGAAGGUGAACCCGAGGAAGGCUGCAGGACCUGAUGGUGUGGCUGAAUGGGUGCUGAAAGCCUGUGUGGAUCAACUGGCCAUAAUCUUCAACCAGUCCCUAUCCCAGGCCACUGUCCCAUCCUGCCUCAAGUCCUCCAUCAUUGUUCCACUGCUGAAAAAUUCCAUCACGAACAGUCUGAAUGAUUUCCACCCAGUGGCCCUCACAUCUGUCAUCAUGAAGAGUUUUGGGAAACUGGUGCAGAGCCAUAUCAUCGCUUGCCUGCCAGCAGACCUGGAACCUUUUCAAUUUGCUUACAAAGCAAAGGUAUCCACGGAGGACACUGUGGCCACAGCCCUUCAUGCUGCCCUGACCUACCUGGAGUAGCAGGGGAGUUACGCCAGACUGCUCUUUGUGGACUUCAGCUCGGCUUUUAACACCAUCCUCCCACAACAACUGGUGUCCAAACUGGCAGAUCUGAGACUUCCAUCACUCAACUACAGUUGAAUGCUAGACUUCCUGUCUGCUUGCUCCCAGAGGGUCAGGUUGGAUCCCCACACCUCCGCUGUUCUCUGCCACAGCAGGGUUGUGUGCUCAGCCCGCUCCUGUACACCCUCUACACAUAUCACUGUGUCCCCACUCACCAUAGCAACAAGAUUAUAAAGUUCACAAGAAGGCAAGGAGGGUGAGCUGGUAUACAGGGAUGAGGUGGAAAGGCUGUCAGAGUGGUGCAGAGUCAAUAACCUGCUCCUCAACACCACAAAAACAAAGGAGCUUAUUAUUGACUUCCAUCCACUAUAUCCUAACUACAGGGUCACGGGGGUCUGCUGGAGCCAAUCCCAGCCAACACAGGG